AUGGUCGCGUCAGCGUCCUCGUCCUCGUCCUCGUCCUCCUCGUCCUCCCCCUCGAUUAAAAGAGAGAUUCAUCGCGCGUGGACCGACACGGCGCUUCCGUGCGCGUUCACCUCUGUCGCAAAUGUUCAUCGGCACGUGCGCCAGACUCACCCGUCACUCCGUUAUGAGCAGGUCGAAUCGGCGCUCGAGGAUCUCGAAAGUUUCACCCUUCAUCGGCCGAACCGUAAAAGGUUCCCGCGCGCGCGAACCCAGGCGGCCGGCGUCUACACCGACUUGCAAGCCGAUCUCGUUGACAUGGCAAAGUACCGGCGGAAAAACGACGAGAUCACUUUCCUGCUCACCGUCAUCGACUGUUACACGCGUGUUUUGUUCGUGAAGCCGCUAACGUCGAAAAGUGGCGCCGUGGUGGCCGCUGCUUUUGAGCAAAUUUUCACCGAGAUGGGCACCACCCCCACGAUCAUCUUCACCGAUGACGGAAAAGAGUUUUACAAUAGUGUGUGCCGCAAGCUGUUCGACGAGCACCACAUUAAACACGUCUCACCAAAAAAUGACGUAAAGUGUGGGAUGGUGGAGCGCGCGAAUCGCACACUAAAAACACGUCUUGCAAAAUACAUGACCCACGCGUACGGGCAUCGAUACAUUGAUGAGCUGCCGCACGUGGUUCACGCAAUCAACCAUAGCGUGAAUCGCGGUAUCGGAAAGCGCCCUGUCGACGUGCGCCUCGGUGAUUUUCCGAUUCCGCUUCCCGAGAACGCUCGACGACCCUCGUUCAAGAUCAAGUUUGCGGUGGGUGACCACGUGCGGCUCGCUUCGAAACGAGGAUUCUUCGACAAGGGCUACGAACAGGGCUGGACCACCGAGGUGUUUGUGAUUAGUGAGGUGUCGCCGGGGCGCCCGGUCACCUACAAUGUGGUGGAUACGAACGGCGAGGCCGUACAGGGAAUCUUCUACUCUCAAGAACUGACAAAAUGCACGUACAACGCGACAGGCACAUAUCGAAUCGAACAAGUGUUGGCGCGCCGCACGCGCGGGCGUCGAAAAGAGUGUUUGGUGCGGUGGGAGGGAUAUGGCCCAGAGUUUGACAGUUGGAUACCAGAAUCUUCAGUUUUACAACUUUAA